AUGGCCCCCAAACCUCGACCAGUGCGCAAACUGCCCAACGCAGUGCCUGCCAAAGAUGCAAGCGCGUCCAUCGCGCCCUCUGCGCCUGCAAAGGACAUCCUGACACCAAGCACGUCUAUGCCACCUCCCCCAGCCCCCCUCCCACCACUUGGCAUUCUAGAGGGAGAAAUUGGUGCAUUGGGUGCCUGCUUGCAGAGUGCUGUGGUCAAAACCGCUCAGAUCUAUGGCUUCUACACCGACGUGAAGAGGCUGGGUAUCUCGCAGCAUCAACCCGCCCCACCGCGUAGUUUAACCCAGUCUCUGCGCCGAGAGGUCAUCAAGUAUGACCAGUUUUGCGACGCUAUGGAGUCCCACCUGUUGCGCGCCAUCACCGUCCUCCAACGCGACCUUGCGCGCGAAGAGGCACGAAUCAAGGCCGAAGAAGAGGCCGCCGCCGCCUCCAAAGUGCCCUCGCCCGCCGCGUCCGGCAUGACCCCUCCCAGCUCCCCCCAGCCGUCCGAGCUCCUCCCCGACGGCUCCCUGCGCGCGCGCGUCACCUCGGUGAACAUCACGCCCGCGCGGCGGCAGUCGACAAUAUCCCUCUCCUCCCUCUCCCGCCCCGCCUUCCCGCCCCGGCUCGACCUCUCCGCCUCCGCGCUGCGCAUCAACCCGGACGAGAUGAUGAUCCCCUCCGGGUUCUCGUCCCCCGUCACCCUCGCGCCGCGCACCGCCCGCGCGCAGUCGCACCCCCCGCCCGACAUCCUCAUGCCCUUCGCGGGCGACCCCGCCGCGCGCCCGGUCGACAUCGACCUCACCGUCGACGCCGACAUCGCCAUGGCCGCCGCGGGCGACCCCGUCCUCGACCCCGGGCUCGGCAGCUCCGUGGACAAGCCGAUUGAGCUCGACAUCGACAUGGGCGACAUGGGCGACAUCAGCUUCUUCGCAAACGGCCCUGGGGCCAGCGGGGACGGGUCGACGGAGCCCAUGUUCGGCCCGCAUCCUACGGGCGUGGGUGCGGGUGAGCAGGACCUCAUCAAGCCGAAAGAAGAGGCCAUCGACAUCGACCUCCUCAGCGCGCUCGCCGGCACCUCGACCGGCGCGCCCGACGACAUCUCCGCUUUCCUCGAGGGCGCUGGAGUUCCAUCUGGCUCUCAGCCACAGGCGUCGGACUCGCACAAAGCUCCGGCCGGCGCGCCGUCGCCCGGCACGCUUUUGGCUGGAUUCGGUGCGGGACCAACAGCAGGAACCGAAGGAGCUAUGGUCUUCGACGGGCUAGAGAUCAACCAAGACUUCUUCGCUGGUGCGCAACCAGGUCCAGAGGUAGAGAUGAUGAACGUGGAGGACAUUUUGAAUUCGAUGGGCGGCGGGUCCUCCAACACAAGCGGCGCGCCCACGGGAGGAUCGACGUGA